AGCUGCUCGUCCCAUCUGUCCGUACGCCGCCGCCUGUCCGGGAUCCACCACCAGCCAUGGGCGAGCCAGCAUGGCAAGAGACCCUCCGGGUCCGACUCGUCGAACGCAACUCUCAGGAGUCGUCCUACGCGUCGAUCAUCGAGCAAUAUCGCAGAUUGGCCCAACAGACGAAGCUGCUGAAGGAACGCAAUGCAUCCCUCCUGCGUGCGAUGGGCAGUGCGCGAGGGAACCCUAAUCCCAGCAGCUCGACCGUCUACGUGCCGGGAUCGGGAGAGGACAAUCCCGUACGAGCCGCGUAUAUCACAUCUUUGGAGUCGCAAAUCUCGUCAUUACGAGACGAGCUCGCCACGGUCUACAAAACGCAGGGCCAGAACGCGCAGAGGCUGCUGGCCAUGAACGAGACUCUGCGAGAGAAGGAGGAGCUUUCCCGGGUCGACUCCGAGGGUCUCAGGAAGGCACGCGAUGAUAUCACGGCCUUGAGGAAGAAGGUCGAACAGCAUAACGAGCUGAUGGCUGAGAAAGAUAGGACUGCUCAGGUCCUUCAUGACGAGAUCAACACAUUACAGCUGGAGCUGACCCAGAUCGAGGAACGGAAUGCGAUCCUGACGAAGGACAAUGCAAAGCUCCUUCAGCGCUGGCUCGACGCAAAACAAGCCGAGGUGAACAAGAUGAACGAAGUCAACGACCUCUACGAGGACCUGCAGUCGAGGCGCCAAGCCGCAUUGAACUCACACCUCCAGGGCCCUCAGAAGACAGGAUGCAGAUGUCCAGUCGCUUCCGGAGUCGGAGUCGGGAAACGGGGAGGUGACGACGGAAGCAGGGACAGCGACGACGAGGGAUGGGACUCAGUCUCCAGAGGAGACGAGCGUGAAUCAGACACCGAAUGGUUGAUGGUUGAUGAGUGAUUCACUUGUGCAUCAUUGGGCCUCUUGCUUUUCGCUGAACAUUCGCACAUGGCUUUGCAUACCCUACCUGCUACCUGAUAUCCUAGCCGCAUUUGCUUUACAUUCAAUGCUAUCCUACUGUUGCUGCAUUGCCAGGUACUAUCCACUCCCAUAAUAUACAAUCUACUCUGCUCAAGGUAUUAUUCACUGCUGUUGUGCGGUCUGCCAACUGGGGAGAACUUGAGAACAUAUAAUGUACAGACAACGCACGCUACACGCGCCGUGGCUCGAUCACGAAGAUGCCGAGC